AUGGUGGGCUAUCACCCGGAGCCCAUCAAUGGGAAAGAGCUCUCCUCAACCGAGCAUAGUGAAGCGGGGUUGGCGAGUGGCAUAGCGACGCGAGCAAUUAUACAGCCGCUCGAUGUCUUGAAAAUUCGCUUUCAACUCCAGGAAGAGCCAAUUCGCGGAGGGAAAAGCGGAAAGUACAAGGGAGUCAUCCAAUCCAUACGGCUGAUCAUCAAAGAAGAGGGGGCAAUCGCUUUCUGGAAGGGCCAUGUCCCAGCCCAGGGUCUUUCAGCCGUCUAUGGCCUCAUGCAAUUCGCGUCUUUCGAAUGGUUUACAAAACAGACAAAACUUUUAAUAGACCCGCCCGACUAUCUGGAGAAGGGCACGGAUUUUAUGUGCGGGGCACUGGCCGGUUGCGUGGCGAUGACCGCAGCGAUGCCUCUGGAUGUCAUCAGGACGAGGCUAGUGGCGCAGGGAGCGGAUCAAGACAGGGUAUAUCGUGGCACCGGGCACGCAAUGAUGAAGAUUUAUAAAUAUGAGGGCGUUGCGGGAUAUUUUCGAGGGUGGGUACCUUCGGUGGCCCAAAUUGCCCCUUUCACCGGCCUACAAUUUAUGCUGUACAACCAGUUCCUCGAGUGGUACCACAUGUUCGUCGAGGGCAAAGAUUCCGGAGGUGCAUUACUCUGCGGUGCAGCGGCUGGCACGGCUGCAAAAACGGUGCUCUACCCGCUCGAUAUGGUCAGGCAUCGGUUACAGAUGCGCGGUUUCCAAAGAAAGGGCUUCGGCAAAGCCUCCGAAUAUAGAGGCCUGAUGCGGACCAUAGCCCAUGUGGGCCUCUGGCCAUCUCAAAUCAAGGCCGCCGCCAACUCGGGCUUCUCCUUCCUCUUCUACGAGCUCUUCUGCGACGCACUUUUAGGGAUCCUCGUCUCAACGCAAGCCUUUUGCUACACCGUGUCCAAAGUGUUGUUCGCAUUUCUUUGUGAUCGAGUCAAUCACCCAAAGCUAAUCGCCACCGGAAUGGUUGGGAUCGGGGUGGCGACGGUGUUCGCGUCAAUGAGCCGGAACUAUGAUGAGCUGUUCUAUUCGGUGGUGCUCAAUGGUUGUGUUCAAGGGGCAGGCUGGACCCCGUCGACGCUGUUGGUCAAAAAGUGGAGCCCGAAGGAAGAGUUUGGCUCGUGGUAUUCCCUUUUCGGGAUCGCAAACACGGUCAGCGGCAUGCUGCUCCCAUACGCUGUGGCGUUAUUCUGGCGACAAGCGCUUUGGUAUGCUGGUGCCGGAACGCUUGUGUGGCUGUUGAUUUUCUACGUAUUCUUGAAGGAGGACUUUGUCGAGCCCCUUGAACAUCACGCAGCGCCGAGCAAGGAGAAAGCGCGUGAAACGUUGAACGUUUUCACCUCGACCGCCGUUUUUCACGUGGCCAUAUUGUACGCGUUUCCUCUGUCGAUGCGCACGGUAUGCGAAACAUGGUUCCCCGUCGAGUUGACCGAGAAGGGGAUGUCACCAAGUGGUUUCCAGUUUUUCCUUGAGGCUGGAGGAUUUACCGGUGUGCUACUCUCCGGAUUGAUUGUCGACCUGUCGUCGCGAAAGAUCGGUGUUGAGAAAGCCGUCCGACUGUGCGCAUAUGCGUCGACGGUUCUCAUGAUGGCCGUGAUCACCCUCAGCAGUCUCUGGGUUACGGCCGCCCCGUCGCUUUUCGGCUUUUUCUGCGGCGCCGCUUUCCAGGGUUGCAUCAACUGCUGGGGGCUGGCCAUCUCGCGACUGGCCCCGGUUAGCGUCCAGGGAUCGGCAAGCGCCCUCAUCUCGCUGAUCGCUAACGGUGGUUCCGUGCUGGCGGGCGCGCCUCUCAAUUGGCUCCAGGGCGCUGAGGGGAUUUCGACGUUGGCCCCGCUAUUCUUUGCGCUGACAGUUUUCCCCGUGCUCGUCUACACGCAACGCAUCCCCAUCGUCAUGGAGCCAGUUGACGAGGCGAGGAAAACCGAA